AAACUCAGCCUCUCUUACUAGGCCCAAUCCAUUAUACCAAAUAUGGGGAUUUUAAGGGCAACAAUGCUUCCAUUGCUCUCAAUAUUUCUCCUACUUUUUCUCUCAAGGCAAGUAUCAGCUUCUGAGUCCUUUAUUCACUGCCUUUUAAACCAUUCUCAGCCAUCCCAUCCAAUCUCUGCAGCAAUAUAUACUCCCAACAAUGGCUCCUUCUCAUCUGUCUUGCAAGCCUACAUCCGAAACCUUCGAUUCAACACAACCACAACUCGUAAACCUUUUCUCAUUGUCACUGCUUUGCAUGAGUCUCAUAUUCAAGCAGCUAUCGUUUGUGCUCAAACGCAUAACCUCCAAAUGAAAAUCCGAAGUGGAGGCCAUGACUAUGAGGGGGUGUCUUAUGUGGCAGAAGUCCCAUUCUUUGUCCUUGACAUGUUCAAUCUCCGAUCCAUUCACAUUGAUGUGGAAAGUGAGACUGCUUGGGUUCAAGCCGGAGCAACUCUUGGUGAAGUUUAUUAUAGAAUCUAUGAGAAAAGCAACACCCAUGGGUUCCCAGCUGGGGUUUGUCCCACAGUUGGUGUUGGAGGCCACUUUAGUGGAGGAGGCUAUGGCAACAUGAUGAGGAAGUACGGCCUCUCAGUCGAUAACAUUAUUGAUGCACAAUUAGUUGAUGUCAAAGGAAGACUUCUGAAUAGAAAAUCUAUGGGAGAAGAUUUGUUUUGGGCUAUUAGAGGUGGUGGAGGAGCUAGCUUUGGAGUGGUUGUGUCAUAUAAAAUCAAACUUGUUCGUGUUCCAGAAAUAGUAACUGUUUUCCAAGUUGCAAAAACUUUGGAACAAAAUGCCACAGACAUUGUGUCUAAGUGGCAACAUGUCGCAGAUAAGCUCGACGAAAACCUUUUCAUCAGGCUUAUCUUGGACGUGGUAAAUGGAACAAAUAGAGAGAAUACUGGAAGAGCUACAUUCUUCGCUCUUUUCCUUGGUGACUCUGAGCAACUUCUCUCUGUCAUGAACAAGAGCUUUCCUGAAUUGGGUUUAAAAAAAUCAGAUUGCAAUGAAACCAGCUGGGUUCAAUCUGUGCUUUUCUGGACAAACUUCCCUCUUGGCACGCCAAAUGAUGUUUUGCUUAGUCGAGUACCUCAAACACUAACUUACUUAAAGAGGAAAUCAGACUAUGUGAAGGAGCCAAUUUCAAAGGCUGGGUUGGUGUUGAUUUGGAAGAAAUUGAUUGAGCUGAAGUACGUGGCACUGACAUUCAAUCCUUAUGGUGGAAGAAUGAGUGAGAUUCCAGCUGAGGCAGUUCCUUUCCCUCAUCGAGCAGGGAACCUGGCAAAGAUUCAGUAUGCAGCAAAUUGGAAUGAGGGUGGGGACGAGGUUACAGAUUACUAUAUAAAUUUGACAAGAAAGCUUUACAGUUUCAUGACUCCAUUUGUGUCCAAGAAUCCAAGGGAGGCAUUUUUCAACUAUAAAGAUCUUGACUUGGGGAUUAACCAUAAUGGCAAGGCAAGUUACCAAGAAGGAAGAGUUUAUGGGAUCAAGUAUUUCAAGGGUAAUUUCAACAGGUUGGUAGAGAUUAAGACUAAGGUUGAUCCUGGUAACUUCUUUAGGAAUGAACAAAGCAUCCCUACUCUUCCAAACUAGCUGAAGUAGAAUGUUUUCUGCAAUUUGAUUGCUUAUUUGAUGUACUUUUAGUUACUUGAUUAUUAGGUAAAUAAAAAAUAAAAAAAAUACUUUCCAAGGGGAAAUAAUGUAGUUCUGUAUUGAAAAAUAAAGUGUUGUUUUAGUUGAUA